AUGGACCUCCUCACGCAUGUCGAUACUGCCAUGGAGGCGGCACAAAUGGAUGCCAUCGACGCCUUACGCGCCUUCUUCCUCCUCGCUGCCGCCACGACCGUCUCGGUCAGCAUUCCCUCCGCGCUGCGUGACCGUUUCCUCCGUUAUGGCCCCCGUGCGACCGCGACGGGCUCCGAGCCUGUCGCCGGGUCCCGGCCAGCAACUCAAGCCCAAGCACAACCCCGAUCCUCGGGGUCGGGGCUCCUCGAUUACCUCGCGACCUGGCAGGUGCCGCACAGCUACUUCGCUCAGUUCUAUGUUGCUUCUGUCGCAUCGUCGGUGUUCUGGGCGAUGCAGCUGUGCUGGCGCGGGCCUGUGUUCGAAGCGAUUGCGUCCCGUGUGAGCGAGGAGCAUCUGAAGCAGUCCAUGUCGCUUACACAGGUGCUUAUAUGCUGGGUUCUCCUGGCUAUUCAGGGCUUGCGACGAUUGUGGGAGAGUUUCGCCUUUGCAAAGCCCUCUUUGUCGAAGAUGGGGUUUGCGCACUGGUUGCUUGGGCUGGGAUUCUAUCUCGCCGCGGGCAUUGCUAUUUGGAUUGAGGGAUCAGGCGCAAUUCGCACCCGCAGCCUCACGCUGGCCGAUCUCCAAAUUACCAACGCGCCCACUGUACGAACCUUCCUCUGCGUCCCGCUAUUCCUCAUUGCCUCCGGUCUGCAGCAUGACUGCCACCACUUCCUCUUCUCCCUCAAGAAGUACACACUCCCGGAUCACCCGCUCUUCUGUGGCAUCGUCUGCCCGCACUACGGCGCCGAGUGCCUAAUUUACUUGUCUCUCACGUACCUGGCUGCACCACCAGGCCAGGUGGUCAACAAAACCAUGCUGAGUUGUCUAGCUUUUAUAGCGGUCAACCUGGGGUUGACAGCACAGAAUACCAAGACGUGGUAUAUGCAAAAGUUUGGCCGGGAGGCGGUGCAAGAUCGAUGGCUGAUAAUUCCAUAUAUCUACUAA